AUGCCUUACACUAUACUAGCAACGUCGGGAAUCCCCAUUCCCGAAGAUUCCAACAUUCCCGCUGCGGGGCUCGCGCUAAAGAAACCAACAGAAGACGACAAGAAGACAUCUCAGGCUCUCGGUAUUUCCUUUCUGAAUAUUUCACUGUUUCUGUCGACACAAUGGGAUCCCGCAAUGGCACGAAAAGGCCGUGGAUCGAGACACCGCUCAUUGAAUCGGCGACGCUGUCGCAGCAAGCAGGAUGGUGAGACUACCCACGGUCCAUAUCUGGUGGAAGUAGAACAUGACGGUACACUGCAACAAAAUAAUACUGACAAGCGAUUGGAACAUGGCAGCAGAGUCUUCUUAAAACUGGAACUCCUCCAGCCAUCCGGCUCGUUUAAAUCGCGAGGAAUCGGCAACCUCAUUCUCUCGACCCUGAAAGACCCCGCCAACGCCGGCAAAAACGUGCAUUUCUUCAUCUCGUCCGGUGGCAACGCCGGCCUGGCCGCCGUGCAUGCAGCCCGCGAUCUCGGCUGCCCGUGUACAGUGGUCGUCCCGCACAGUACGAAGCCGUUCAUGAUUUCCAAGCUGCAAGCUGCGGGCGCGACGGCUGUGAUUCAACAAGGGGCGAGCUGGUUCGAGGCGGAUACGUUCUUGCGCAAGACGUAUAUUGAUCGACCGCAGGAGGGGACGGCCGAUGAUGCCGGCAAUGCUACUACUAACACGGUCAACGUCUAUGUCCCGCCCUUUGAUGACCCGCGUGUCUGGGCUGGAGCUGCGACGAUGGUUGAGGAGAUUGCGGCACAGUUGCCGCCUCGGCCGUCUUCGGAGUCUUCUUCUGUGUUUCCGGCCGAUGCGAUUGUGUGCAGCGUCGGCGGGGGUGGGCUCUUCAAUGGGAUUGUCGAGGGCACGACCAAGUGCCUGCAGUCUUCCUCAUCAUCUGUUUCUUCGGAACAUGCACCAGAAAACAAGGUGCAUAUUCUAGCUGCGGAAACUCAAGGCGCCCACUCCCUAGCUCAUUCGCUGCACGCGGGUGAGCUCCAGUCACUGUCCGCUAUUACCUCGCAGGCCAACGCACUUGGCGCUUUGUGCGUGGCGCGGCAGGCCUUUGUGAAUGCAACAUCGCCUCCGCCGGGAGUGCAGGUGACGAGCGUUGUGGGGUCGGACGCCGAGGCUGCGAAGGGUAUUCUGCGGCUGGCGGAUGAGGCACGACUGGAGGUUGAGCUGGCGUGUGGGAUUAGUGUCGAGGUUGCCAUUGGGGGCAAGCUGGCUGAGGUUCUUCCUGGCUUUGGGCCGGAGAGUCGCGUUGUGGUGGUUGUUUGUGGUGGGAGUAACAUUUCUGCGGAAAUGAUUGCGGAGUAUCGGCGGCAGCUUGAAAAUGGGUGGGAGUGA